GUCACACUGUACGAAUGGAAUGUUGAGAAAAACUACAAAAACUGAAAAGAACUUGUUUAUUUAUUAAGCUAAAUCAGAAGAGGUCGUGGAUUUAUUUGUUAACUAUGUGUAGACCGAGUGAUAAAGAGCAAUGUACGCGUGUUUGCAAUGCAUAACACUAAGAAAUCAACGAGAUUUAUGUGACGAAAUUUCAUAAACUUGCAGCGUGCAGCUCGAGGAGAUCGUGAUAUGCGGUAAACUGUCUAUUAUGCGCCAGUGGCCACGGAACCCGCCGGAAACCCCAAAACCAUGUGGCCCGUUGGCUGCAUCCACGCCGCGCUGCUCAUCCUCGCAGUGGUGGCGUGCCCAACUAGCUGUCAACAAGUUCCUCUGGCCAUAGCCAACUUAACUAGCAACCAAGUGCCUACGGACCCGGGGUUCAUGCCCCUGCAGCAGUCUCCAGCGAGCGUCUUCUUUGUCAAUCACAAUCAGCAGAAUGCAAUGCAAUUGCGACACAGCAUGGAGGGCAAGCUGCGGAACAUUCGCAGUAUGGAGAUGAGAGUGGCUAAAAUCCAGGAAAUCUUUGACUCUAUGCAAUACAGCAGCGUUAACGGAGCCCCUCUCACUCGUCAAGCUCCGAGCAACGACAGUAACCGGAGUAAUCCCCAGCUGCAGCGGGAUUUGCAAACGUUCAGCAGCCGCCUGAGCAAAAAACUGCAAAAAGCCACCCACGUGGUGCUGGAGCUGCGAGACCUCCUUCGGUACAAUCUUACCAAGGUGUGGCAAUACAGCUACGACGACGAAGAGGAGGAGUCGGAGAGCGAACUUGACCUGGAAAUGGAGUUGGAAGAUCUGCAAGCCAGGAACACGGCUUCACCAUCCUCCGAGCACUUGCAGCUCUACUUAAACAGCCAAAUAGAGAACUGCCAGCCGGACUAUGAACCUGAUAUAGAGUACGGUUCCUCUUCGACCCAGUCGAUUCACUACAACAAGCAGCAGAUUCAAAUCCUAAACUAUCUGAAGUCAGAUGACGCCAGAGCGACCUUCUUGAACGAGAACAAUGCCCGCUCCCUGGCUGUUAAUGACUACAUAUCCAAACAACUCCUUCAACUCAAACGCAGGCUCAGCCGGAGCGAUGCAGACAACUCGAAUAGCAAGCCCAGCAGCGGCAACCACUUCAAGCAUAUCUAUUUUCUGUCCAAUUCGGACGGAGCCUCAGCUACUCUGCAUUUCCGUCAGUUAUACGUGUCGUCUAUUAAGCAAAAAUUUGUGCUGUUCCUCAUAGAUGUGGGAUCGGCUCUGAACGCAGAAUUAUUCGACCUUACAAAAAGCUUUGUUCAUGAAAUGCUCCAACUGCUGGAGGAUACGGAUAAAGUUUCACUGGUGACUGUUUCUAGUGAGGCGAACUUUAUGUCCCUGGAUGCUUUUUCAGCCGAGGCUGGCCACGGGAUAUACAGUGCAACUCGUGCCCACAAAGAGGAGAUCUUCAGCUACAUUAACAACCUUAACAGGGCACAAGCUCUCACGAAUCACACUUUGGGAUUUGAGUACGCAUUCGGGUUGCUACAUCGACUACAGCAAUCGGGAAUGAUUAACACGGCAGAACAACCUGUGGAAUUCGUCUACGUUACGCGUGGUCUUCUGACAAAUUUAUCUGAUGCGAUGGCCGUUCUGCGAGUGGUGGCCGAUGGGCAAAGAAAGCUUAGAGCUCCAGUGAUCAUUAAUACAUGUGCUGUAGUACUGGAUGAGAAGCGGAUUAUGUAUGAAAAGCAAUUCCUCAACGACGUGGCCUCACAGAACUACACAAAAUACGAAAUUGACGUAUCAAACUGGUGGCCCAGUGGACAGCUAGCAUCUCAAUUAGCAGGACGCUUCUUUGUACUUAGCAAAAUGCAUGCAGAGUCUACGCUACCGCAAACGAGUUCGAGAAUCUUUGGACAGCUGUUUCAGGAGCGGUAUUUAAGUGAUACUCUGGAGGUGCAUCCCCCAGUUGUGGACGCAGACAGCGGAGAUGUUCUGGUCUCCAUCACGCACGCCGUCGCUCCGUAUGGCAUUGUGGGCGUUAAUUUGUACCUGGCGGAUCUGCUCGAGGAUCUGCUUAACUAUCCCAGUGCUGCAUCUAGUACCAAGCAGGGCAGUGGGUACGCCUUCCUCCUCGAUCGCUCGACGGGGAACACUCUUGCCCAUCCGGCCUUUCCACGGCCACUUAUCCAACGCGAGACCUCAUAUCCCGUAAAUAUCGCUUACCUGGAAAACGCCACAGACUUUUCUAGUCUUAUUCGGGAGCGCCUUUUGCACGAGGAGAGCGGCAACGCCACUACUGAUGUGUAUAUAGGCAGACAGCGGAUUAAGCGUACUUAUCACUGGCAAUCCGUGCUGGGAUUCUACGUGCUGUGCCUGGUGAGCAGUGGAGGAGAUUUCCUGCGCAAUGUUUCCUCUACGCAAAGAUACAACCUGAAGGAUACCGUAUCCAACUAUGAACCUGGCUACUAUGGCGAAAGCAUGGACUUGCUUUACCACCGCUUGGACCUCAAUCAGGGUGGCACUAACCAACCCAAGAUCUGUCGCUACUUCAGGCAAAUGGCCACAAUGGAUGCACCUACUCUGUUCCUUAGUGCCGCCGCAUUUGAGUCACCUUUCGGAUUUCUGCACAAUAAUAGGCCGCGAACCCAACUGCGACAUGUUGAGUCCAUAAUGGCCUAUCUCCGCGACUCAAGUGGCUUGUUGGCCAACAUGGGCCUGCGCCCCAGCAUUCGGCAUGAGGUGAGUGUGCUCUACCAGGCGAUACAGCAGUUGAGACGGCGCCACCAAGAUGCAAGAGGAUCGUUGCGUAGUCACAUCAUUCGACGGUACAUGGCCAGUGAGAGUGGAGUGCUGCUAUUGUAUCCAGGCUGUUUGCUCAGCAGUAGCUACGAUCCCACCCGAAGACCUUGGUUCCGACAGGCGAUGGCCCAGCCAGGCAAGAUUGUAAGCACAGCUCCUUAUCUGGAUGCCGGAGGAGCUGGGUACAUCAUCACCAUUGCACACACCAUCUUCGAGGGAAAAGCCCAUGCUUUACACUCUGUUCAGCAGGACAGGCCAGUGGCAGUGGUGGCUCUGGACGUUCCUUAUGCCUUCUACUACCGCCUGAUCCUGGAGGGCACUCCGAUCUGCCAACUGCCACACAUGAAAUGUCUACUGUUCGAGCAUGAAGGAUAUUUGCUUGCUCAUCCCAGCAUGUUGCAACCAGCUACGCCCACAAAGAACCAGCGCCGUCCUCACGAGCACCUCACGCACAAGGAGUCGUACUUGGCCAACGAUGUGCUCAACCACGCUCAGUUGGUCAGGAAACUGGGCUGCGCCAGCUAUCAAAAUCGAACGCUGCAGCGUUACUACGCAUUCAACACGACUCUUACCACUAUUCUGGGCAACGUGGUGCAUGGCGAAAGGACCAAGUACGCGAUAGCUCUGAUCCGAGGAAGCAACCUCUUCGCCGCCGUUCUGAACUCCAGCUGCGAUGGCGGUGCGUUUUGUCCAUGCAGCACCAUCGACCGCGAGUGCCUCAACUGCAAGCGGAUGGAUCAGACGGACUGCGAGUGCCCGUGUGAAUGUCCUAUGGUGGCAGACAGCAGCUCGCCGUCCUCGCUUGUCUACUUUGCCAACUACACACAACAGUUCCCGUACUGUCCGCCACCAAGUGAGCACUUCAUUGCACUGCCACCGACGCCGCAGCUGCUCAGUUCCCUGCCCAGUUGUCCCGGAUCUGCAGGCUUGUGCGAAACGUACUCCACGCAACGGGAAUGCCUCGGUGUGAUGGGCUGCGAAUGGUGUCAGCAGGAUGUGGAUGGGAGUAGCUUCUCAACCGCCUUCUGUUCGUCGCAGGCUAGCUGCUUCAAUGGAGUUCUUGCCUCUCUGACACCCUACGGCGAACUGGACGAGAUGGAGCUGCUGGCUGCCCACAAUCCGCAGAGGGAACAGCACGCCUACUCCGCCUUUGGACCGCUGGGAGGGGCCAUUGUGGUCCUGGCCAUGGUGAUAGGAUUCGCCAUCUACUGCUACAGGCACAAUCUGGAUGCGCAGACGCAGGAGCAGUUCUAUGUGGACUCGGUGCAGGAGGAGAACUACGGACUGCCGCUGUCCAGGUUUAACUUUGACGAUUGCAAGGCACAUGACGAACCGCCUUUGGGUGGCGGCUAUGACCACGCAUCUGCCCAGCGGCAGCUGAUGCACGCGGCGGACAUAUCGCCGUAUCACGUUUCCAGUGGCAGUAGCUACCGCCGGCCUCCGAAUGGGGAGUCGGAUCACGGCUACAGCACAAUGACGCCGCACGAGGACAGCUCCGACCAGCAGUGCUUCACGCUGGCGGAACCGCUGCUGCUGCACGACAAGCGGCACAGCAAGUCGGACACCAUGUCCAUAUCCACCUCCAUAUCGAGUCCCACGAAUCGCCAGCAGUCCUCCACGCAGCCGAACACGCAUCCGUACUUGAGCAAUCAGCCGACCUCGAAGACGGAGCGCUACAAGCAGGUGCAGGCCACGCCGUCGCCAUGUCGGGGACCGCCAGCGGGAGUGGUUGGUGUCUACGGACAGACGACGUUGCCCCUCGAGGGGGAUGAGGCCCGACCGCACUACAUCCUGGCGCCAGUGACGGUGCAUCGGCAUAUGGAAACUGCCGAAUCGUAGUCCACAUAGAGUUGUUAAGUUUUAGAGCCUAAGAUGUCCGCUUGUUUGCCAAUUUAGUUGUGUAAGUUCCGAAACGGGCAGUUCAACUGCCGCCAGUCCAGUACGAUGGGUAUCCAUUCCAGACUUAACAAAGCUCGCGAUGGACUCCAGUUUUUGCCCAUCUGUAUCUAUUAUAGACUAAGUACGAGUCUAACACCAACUAUUAAGUGAUGACAUUGUUUCUGCCAUUUUUGAUCGAUGUAUUGUAUUGUAUUUUACUGUAAUUUAUUGCAAAAAGUAUUACUAUAUUAUGUGCAGCUAUAUACUUCCGAUAUUUUUAGCAUUUAUUUUAUAAGCACCCACAACAGAAAUGUAUGUACUUACUUGUCUGAUUGUAAGAUACCAUGUCGUAUACCGUUUUUUGUAAUAGAUCCUAAGUCCACAAAGUUACUAACUACCGAUUUUAGUACUACACAUCUAUAAUAGCAUUGUACGUUUCAAAUAAAAUGUUUAAAUUUUGCAAAAAAAAAAAAAAA